AUGGCGACGCCUGACUUUGGUCGGCUACCCGAAUUCAGCGGCAGCUCCGGCUCCUGGAGAUCCUGGUAUGGGAGGCUACAGUUCUUCUUCGAGGCUAAUGACAUUACGGACGCUUCCAAGAAACGUGCUCAUCUGCUAACGUUAUGCGGGGAACAGACUUACGACGUCGUCUGCGCCCUCGUUCAACCCAAGCAGCCCAACCAAGUGAGCUACGAUGACAUAGUCGAGAUGCUCAAGGCGCACUUUGAUCCACAGCCGUCUGAGGUCUUCUGCAGGGCACGCUUCCAACGUCGUGACCAACGGCAUGACGAAACGGUCAGUGAUUACGUAACAGCGCUCAAGAAGCUAGCAGCAGAUUGCAAUUUUGGAACAAGCGUAGACGCUGCGGCGAAUCCAACAAUGCUGCCUCUUGAUGUAAUGCUGCGUGAUCGUUUCGUUUGCGGUCUUCGGAACGAGCAGGUCCAGCAACGGCUGUUCGCAGAAAAGGACUUGACAUUCAAGAGAGCCUUUGACAUUGCACUGCGAGCUGAAAACGCCGUCGAAGAUCAGAAACACGUGAAAACGGAAUUCAAAGAGAUUCACGAAGCCUGCACAAGUACCUGCAAGACAGAAAAUCAACGUCACUCGAAUGCCUCUGCCCAAAAGAAGAAACAACACUGUUGGCGUUGUGACGCGCAGCAUAAUCCGGGCACUUGCAAGUUUCAGACAGCUUCCUGCAACUACUGCAAGAAACGCGGACACAUUGAAAAUGCCUGCCUGAAAAAGCGGAAAGAGGCAAGAACAAACAAGAACAACUACAUCGAAUAUCCCCGACAAGGAACUUCGACAGUGGCCUCAGCACCAUCACGACUCCAAAAGAUUCACCAGACGCCGCACUUUACGAGCUCAACACCUUAA